CCGCAUAUCAGUGAGUGGUGUGUGGUAUAGUACAUAUUUCACAGUAUCUCUUCAGAACGUACGUACACAAUAAGUGGCAUUUUGUGUGUCCCAAGCGAAGUCAUGAAGCUCAUAAAUUUUUCAUUAAUAUUACUAAGCACCCUUUGCUUUGUACGGAAUGGAAAUGGAGCGCGAAUUCUGGCGAUGUUCCCUGUGCCUGCCCCGAGUCACUUUUCUAUGUAUCGAGGAGUGCUGAUGGACCUUGCAAAUAGGGGACACCAGAUUGACGUAGUUAGUCAUUUCCCUUUGAAGUAUCCUUUCGAUAACUAUCGAGACAUUAUUGAUUUGAAUGGAAAAAUGGAAGUCAUGGUUAACACCCUGGACUUCGAGACAGUCAGCCGUGUUGGCGACAUCGCCGUUGAAGAAUAUGGUGCUGAGAAAGCCGGAAAUGACAUUUGCCAUAUUCUUGGAAAUCCCGAGAUUCAGGAAUUGAUCAAAAAUCCACCACAGGAUCCACCCUAUGAUCUUGUAAUUGCAGAGCUUUUCUUCUCGAGUUGCUUUUUCGCUUUCGGGAGACACCUGAAUGUCCCCGUAGUAGCGAUGACGUCGGCACCAACGCUGCACUACUCCAACGAACCGUUGGGCAACCCGCUGAAUCCAGCCAUCGUGCCCGAGUACGAAGAUGGGUCAAUAAUUCAUAUGAACUUUUGGCAGCGACUGAGAAAUACGUUGUUUACGUUCAAUAAAAUCCGCCGAAUCAGAAGCAUAACCGAGGUACAGAAUGACGUGGUAAAGAAGUAUUUCGGGUCAGAUAUGCCGGGUGUUCGAGAGCUGGAGCGAGAUCUAUCCCUUCUUCUGGUAAACUCUCACCAUACCUUAAAUGGAAUUCGACCCAUGACGCCAGCCAUUUUGGAAGUUGGUGGAAUCCAUCUCCGCUUUGAAAAUGUCGAGUUACCCGCGGAUUUGCAAAACUGGUUGGAUAACGCGACGAGCGGAUUUAUCUACUUCUCUUUUGGAACCUUACUGAAAAUCGAGUCGCUCCCGAAGGAGUUUCUGGCUGAAUUGUACUCAGGUUUUUCGAAAAUUGCACCCAUACGGGUAGUGAUGAAAUCGACGAAUCCAGAAGAGUUGCCACCUGGCCUACCGCAGAAUGUGAUGACGCUGAAGUGGCUGCCCCAAAUUGAAAUUUUGAGACACAGAAACAUACGGGGAUUCGUGACGCACGGUGGAUUGGGGGGAAUCCAAGAAGCGACUGUUUUCGUCGUCCCAAUCGUCGGCAUACCAAUAUUCGCAGACCAGCCACGAAAUAUUAGAAAUUGUGUCGAAAGAGGGGUUGCAGUAUCUUUGAAUUACAGAGAAUUCACAGCGGACAAAUUCGUAUCAGCUAUAAACGAAAUCAUUCAUGAUCCGAAAUACAAAAAUAACAUGAUGAGAUUAUCAGCGCAAUUUAUGGACCGACCGAUGGAUCCCCGAGAACUGGCCAUUUAUUGGAUCGAGUACAUCAUCACCUACGGAGGGGAUUCCCUGCGAUCACCAGCGGUUCAAUUGACCUGGUGGCAGCUGGCGUUGCUGGAUGUUUAUGGCAGUAUAUUCGUUGCAGCUCUAGUCACUAUAUAUGUAGCCAAGCUUUUCAUUUCAGCCCUAAUUCGCCGAGUUAUACGCUCGAGCAAAACAGUGCCUGUGACGAAAAAGAAAAAUUGAACGUACCAAAACGAUUCUAGUAUUCAUACGUCAUUUGUAUUAGUCAA